AUGGGGAGCCACGCCACCCCUGGGUUCCGGAGAAGCACAUCAGCUGGGUACCAGCUGCCCUCAACCAGGCUGACAGCCUUAGACUCCUCCACGGCCCGGGGUUGCCCUGUGGUGGGCGGGGGUCUCGCCGGCAAUCGCCAAACCCCCCAGGCCCCAAAAGCAGAGCACUUGGCACUGGAAACAAAUGGUGUGCAGCAGGACCAGCUGUGGAGGGAGCUCUUGGAGGCUGAGAGGAGGGGCCAACAGCACUGGGCUCAGCACUGGAGUUUCCUGAAAGACUAUGACCCCCUGGGCGACAAGAAGGAGCCUGUGCAGUUGCCGGAGUACGUGCCUCUCUUUUCCGACACAGUCCCCAGCUCCACGAACCGGGUGGUGGGCAGCAGGGUGGACACGCCCCUGGGGCAAACCCUCAUCGGCAUGGACUUCUUCUUUGUGGACGGAGUCCGGAAGAAGAAGCUGGAAGUCGAGCUGCAGCCCGUGUAG